GCUCCCAACCGCCAUGGUCAGCUCCCUGCCUUCGGACGCCCUUCGCGACCCCCAUCGCGUCCUUCAGGACUUCUUCGAAGAGUACAAAGACGAAGGGACCGACUUUCCUGAACGUGUCGCGUCCUACUUUGCCAACAUCUACAAAGACGCGCUUAAUGAGAUCCCAGUUGUAGACACGCAUCGGCCGCCGGAGACAUUCAAGGAUGCGUCUCUUGUGACCUUCCGAGGGAUGAUCCAGGAUACCCUACCACCGACCGAAAUGUACCUCUCCAGGUUGUCAUCGGGCGCGUGUGGCGGCUGGGGAAUCACCGACGAGACCACGUCCGCCACCGAGUUCGACUACGCCAAUCUGAAAGAGUGCAACGUCAUGUGGGGCGUCUCAGUACCUGGUCGCAGCUCCUGGUCGAGCCUUGAAGCUGGCGAAGCCAGUGCAGGCUCGUCCCAUUCAUCUCGUCCACAUAAGUACCCCCUGCACGCAGAGCCACAUGUAGGGCUGCAACUCAAAAUCUAUGACACAUCAAAAGCGGACGACCUGAAGUCUACGGUUGUCCAUGACUUCGUGGGCAUCUUAAUGAGAGAGAGCUUGCAAGUUGCCGACAUGGAUCCGUCUGCCGAACCACCCGUCGUGCCUACCCUGCACGUUUUAUAUAGCACGCCUGUGUCAGCGACGGUCAUCCCUCGCACAUUUCCCUACUCGCCUGCCUCGUCUUCUCUCGAGGACACCAGGACGGAGUUGAUCGCCUGGCUGGCGGACGAGUCUCUCGGCGGCGAUCGCUUCGCCGCGGAGUACGUGCUAUUGUGCGCCAUCGCAAGAGUUCAAAGCCGCCACCCGCCAAUCCUUCCGCCUUCCAUGACAUUGUCCCGAUUCCCCGCACCACCAUCCAGCGCCUCCGCAUCCUCGUCUACGCCCCCUCUACCCACCCUCCACCCCGCUCUCGCCCUCAUCUUUCCCACUGUCACUUCCAUUCCCCUCACCCUCCCCACUAUCAACACCACCCCCUUCGUCCCCACCUCCAAAGACGAAGACCUCCUCGCCGGCUGGCUCCAGCUCCCCCGCCGCACCCUCUGCCUCCUCACCGAGUCCGGCCUCACCGCCGAGGGCGGCGUCACCGAGCGCGGCCUCCGCAACCUCCACGCCACGCAGAACAUGAUGAAGAAUCAGAUGCUCGACUACGAAUUCCCGUUCAGCAGCUUUGGGUUCGAGACGGAUGUGAGCUUUGUGGUGGUGGCGGAGGGAAGGAAGAGCACGUUCUUUGAGACGAGUGUGAACGUCCCGCUCGUGCCGAGGGAUGGGGCGCAGGUGGGGGUGGAGGCGCUGUAUAAGCCAGCGAGUGCGAUCAAGCAGCCUGCGCCGGAGAAGUUGGAGGCGUUCCGCGCGCUGGUGGGCGGCUCGAUGGUCGGAAAUGCGAAGGUGGGCGAAGAGGCAGCGGAGUACAUCGAGAACGACUUCGUCAAAGAACGUCAGGCGUCUACCAUGACCGCCGACGACCUCAUUCUGCGCAUGCAGCUCGCGCGGCUGCUUGCCCUCUCGUAUCACGAGCCCGAAGUCACCAUCGACAUCUGGAAGAAAACGCGGGCGCUAGAGUUGGAGAGAAAGGCGCGAGAGGCAGCAGCGGGCGUGAAGGCGUAGGGUAACCAUGCAGACUCAGCGUAGUUGGCGGGUCGCGCGUUGAUGACAAUCUUGUAUCGGUAGCCCUGCUUGUAUACUUCUCUCUUCGUUGCUAUCUCGCGCCUAUUGUUACAACCCUCAUCGUUCAUCUUCAAGGCUGCAACAACCCAAACUGCUCCGCCUGCAUCCAGUUCACCCGCAGAUCCUCCACCACCCUCCCAAGCGUCUCGCUCACCGCAGCCCGGUCCGUCCCGCUGCCCUCCAGGUAGUACUUGAUCUGAAGGGUAGAUGUAUCGUCAGCCACCCAUAUCUCUCUGCCGCCUGUGUUCCUCUCAACGCAGAUGUGCCACACCCCACUCACCUUCGGCUCCGUCCCACUAGUCCUGAGAGUCAACGUGAUCCUUACACCCUCGCCCGCCGCCCAAAACUGGAUCAUCUGCCCGGACG